CACAAGCGUGCUGUUGGCUUUGUGAUAUCACUGCCACUUUCAUGAGGAACAGCUCCACCCUUUCCAGCCUGUUUAGAAUCUUUGCCACAGUGAAACCUUUCAACUUCCUGUAAGGCUUUCAGGAGCUGCUGGAACAUGAUUUCUUGUCUUAUUCCUCUGGAGAAUUAUUUUUGAUCAAGUGCAAACACUGUCAUGUUAUUAUGAAUGAUGGCCAGAGCAUGUGAACAACUGUGAAGUGGACAAAAGGCAGUAGAAGAUGACUUUACCUCAGCUACUUAGGAGUCAUGACACAAAAGGAGAAACAAGGUAUGUGUGUAAGGCUAUGGAUUGUCUGUUGUGAGUCAUGGUUUGGGACAGCACUGCUAUACAAUGCGACAUACUCAAGGAGUCUGCCCCAUUUGCAGCUGAGAAGAAUUUGAAAACUGAGCCGUCCAGAUGGGGUGCAAUUGCUGUAAGAUGGUGAAAAGACUUUUCGGCUGGGAAAGGCACACCGAGUCAAACGUUGUUUUCAGUUAUAUGAUCGAUCCAAAUGGUUCAGUAAAUAUCAUUUCAAGAGGGCAUUCAAGUAAUGCAAACAACAAUGUUGACGAUUUUAACAAAUCUGGCAUCAGUAAAGAUUCUCUUUUUGUGAUCAAUUCACAUGUGAACCAUGAUGACAAAGCAUUUGAUAAUAUAGCAUUAGAGGAUGAUGUCAGUUCUCCUGAAAGUCAUGUGAUCAACUGCAAGCAGCAUACCUUUCCAGUCCAAAAAGAACCAUAUACAAGUGAAUACAAUGGAAAAGGUAACACUAUCAUCAGUAGUGUGUGUAUAUCUACAUCUGAUGACACACUGCACAGUAUUUCAAGUCUUGAGAAGGAUAAAUCAGAAGCCGAUCUGAGUGAUGCAGCCAUUCAGCUUACCGAUUCUGUGGACAGUGUUGUCAGUGAUACUCAGAUGGAAGUGGUAUCGCAGCAGCAAGACAUGGGCUAUGAUAGUGAAACUGAUGAUGCUAGUCUCAAUGAAAAAGCUUCUCAUGGUCAAGAUACUGUCCAGAAAUUGAAUGAUGUUGUUGCAAACCACCUGAGCUGUGAAGAGCGUAUGAAAUCUCCUCCAUACAGUACUUCAUUUCCCCAAAAUCAGCCACAGUAUGUUCAUCUCAGUUUAACAGACUUAGGGAAUGCAAAUCUGCUUUCCCAAACUGAUACUUAUGGCAGUAUGCAUCAGACAAAAACACACAGCUCCUUUGGUGAAAUAAAUUCAGGUAUAGCAGAAGGCAAUGCAACACAAGAGGAAUCCAACUGUAGGCUAGCAUUAGCUCAUGAUGGACAAAUAAAUACAAACAUUGUCUCUUCACAGAUUAGACAUGGGACUGCUGGGGAACCCACUGCCAUUAGUGAAGAAGACCCGGAUGUGCUAGAAGCACUUGCUGCCCUGGAAGCUGCAACAGCUGAUGAAGAUGAUGACUGAAAGCAGGUGUAAAAUACACCUGGACUUAGAUUUUCUGAAGAUAAUAUGUUGUAAUAAUAAUAUCUUAUCCUCAAUUAGAAUUUAAAUUACAUAACGUAGGCCCAUAUGAGACAUGAUUGUUUCUUGAGGCAUUAAAGUACAUAUACACUGCUGUGAUGCGGUGCUGUGAUGUUGUCAGAAGAAUUUCAACUGAACUGAUUGCUUCAUAAAAAGGCAAACAGGCAAUGCAUUUCAUACAACACAUACACUACACCACUGUAACUGAAAUACUUUGAUUCCUUAAAAAUAUAUGUUUAAUCUUUCUAGUACUAAUAUAUGAGCUGCAAGUUAGUGAUCUUCAGAGCAAGCUAUGUCUUUCUUGGGCACAGUUACUUCCAGAAGAUAGGGUGAUUUCAUGCAAUUUAUUUGGUUUUAACUAUGUGCACAUACUUUUGAGCAUGCAGGUACUAACGCAAGCAUUCACAGUUCUUCUAUACAUUGUAGAACGAUUCCGGAGUGCAAGACUUACUUUUCAGUCUAACAGAUAAGCUGCAUUGUUUGCAAUAUAUGUAAAUUGAACUGACAAGCAAAUUAUUAAGACAAAAAUGUUGUCUUGAAUGCCUUGAACUGCACAUUGAAUCUAUUUUUUUCCAAGUGCAUAAAUCAUACUACAGAAGCAAUAUAAUUAUAAAUUGUAACUAUUGGGGUUUUUAAUGCUCACUUUGGAGCUUUUCUCACAAGGCCUCUACUAUAAAGGGGCUGAAGUUUCCCAGUAAACAAAUACACAUAAAAGAAAUAAUACAUAAAUUGGCUAAAAUAAUCCACGUGUUGUACAUCCAUAAAUGCAGAAUUAAAAUCUGGAAACACUGUACUGAGAAAUGUUUGAUUAAAAUAAUAGAUACAUAACUGUAUGAUUUUUGAUGUAAAUAUGAUUUUUUGUGCUAAAAAGUAUAACAUACCAGCAGAUAUAUACAUUCAAUUUCAAUAAAGAUAUCAGGUGGCCAGCAAAUUAA